GAAGAAGAAGAAGAAGAAGAAGAAGAAGAAGAAGAAGAAGAAGAAGAAGAAGAAGAUAAGCAAGCAAACAAACAAACAAACACAGAAGAUAAGAAAGAGAAAGAAAAAUAAAGGAAUAGAAGAAAAGAACAAAACAAAACAAAACUGAAACAGGAAUAAGCAACAGAAGAAAAAUAACAAAAACAAAAAGAAAACAAAAAAAAAAAAAUGGAAAAAAUGAAAAUAAGAAAAGACAAGAAGAGGUCACAGUGAGGUCACGUGACUCACCUGGAGGCAAAGAGAUGACCUACUUGGGAAGACUCACCUGAAGGGGUCACGUGAAGAGAUCACCUGGUGUGUCAUGAGGUCACGUGGUCACCUAUCCUCCCUGGUGGUGAUGGUGAUGGUGGUGGUGGUGGUGGUGGGAGAGACCUUCUUUUCAGAAAUCCACGCGACUGCCCAGCUUCGUGGAGGAGGAGGAGGAGGAGGAGGAGGAGGAGGAGGAGGAGGAGAAGGAGGAGGAGGAAGAGGAGGAAAAGCUUUGGAACAUGUAACCUUGGGGCGGCGAGAGCGAGCCAUUACCAAGGACACACUCAUCACCUCUGCAGCGCCUUCGUCAGCACCACGCCUGUCCUCCCUCAACGCUGUCACGGAGGGUACUGGGAGACGCGGCCACCUUGCCACACCCCCAGAAACAUCCGCUUUGCUUCCCCCAACUACAUCUCCACCCACGCCCCCGCCCACGCCUCCGUCAGCCACGUCGGCAGUGCCCGUAUUGAAUUCUGUGACGUCGUUGGUAUCUUCCGUUCCUUCUUCUGUAUCCGUCACGCCCUCGUCUCCCCCCACGCCUCUCUCCGUUACGUCUGCUCCUCCUGCGCCUUCUGCUGCUGAGGAGGAGAUGGGCUUAAGUACUGGUUCUGUGUCCUCGUCUUCCUCCUCCUCCUCCUCCUCCUCCUCCACUACUACUACUACUACUACUUCUACUUCUACUUCUACUACUACAACUACUACUACUACUAAUACUACUCUUGCUAGCUUUAGUCUUCUACAGGAGGAGGAGGAGGAAGAGGAGAAGAUGGAGGAUGAGGAGGUGGAGAAGGAGGAGGAGGAGGAGGAGGAGGAGGAGGAGGAGGAGGAGGAGGAGGAGAAGGAGGAGGGCGGCGGUACAGCAUCAGCCACCCCAGCAGGUGAAGUGACAGACGCCGGCCUUGGGGAGUCCCGCGGCGUGACGCUCCUGGGGACGGGCGAGGGUCGGUGGCUGCGCGUGCUGGCGCUGCUGCGCGGGGACUGCGGCGCCGUGAACAUGUCAGACACGCGGCGGGUGUUCGGGGACUUCGUGGCGUCGCUGUCGUCGCUGCUGCUGUACGGGCGGGAGAGCGUGGCGGUGCAGGCCAUGGCGUGCGAGGGGCAGCGGCUGGCCGUCAACCUCACCAUCAACGCCGCGCAGCACCCGAGCUGCGAGGCGGACCUGGCCACGCUCGCCUCGCACAGGAACCUCCGCGUGGGCCUGCACGGCGCCUCCUUCUACCUGGAGGCGGUGCACACGGAGCGCUCCCACGUGUUCCACACCAGGCCAGGCCGCAGGCAGGACGGCAUGCGCUUCCUGUACAUGGCCCUGGGCGGCGUGGGUGUGUCCGUGGCGUGCGUGGCCCUGGCGGGCGUGGUGUUCGCGGUGUACCAACACUGCGCCGCCCGCAGAGCCAAGCUGGUGUUCACGGAUGACCGCAGCGCCUACACGCCCGCCUCCUCCUGCCGGGGCCGCGUCAGGCGGGGCGAGGCGGACCACCACGUCAGGUUCGCAGACUCCCACUCCUUCAAGGUGAACAUGUAUCGGAGCUACAGUGACCUCAACUGCCCUGACCUCUUCCCUGACGUGAAGGACCCCGAGGCCAAGGCCAGGACGCGAAGGACGCGGGAGGAGGUGUGGGAGGAGUCCUUCUCCCACACCUCGCAGGAGUACACCUCCGUCAGGGGCGUCAGUGACCUCACCUCCUCCUUCAGGUCAGACGAGCCCACCCUGCACCCGCUCCUGCUCAACGGGCGCCCCAAUCCUGCCGGGGACGUGCUGGACACUGGCGCCAGGACACCUAAGACGGCUGAUAAACCAGGCCCCAAGCCCCCAGGGGCCAAGCCUGGGCCCAAGCCAGGUGCCAAGCCAGGUGUAACCCCCAAGCCGGGCCCGGGAGGCAAGCCAGGCGGCAAGCCGGGGACGGAGGAGGGCAGGCCUGGCGGGUGGAAGGGCGAGGCUGAGGGGAGGAGGGAGAAGGCGCCCAUACCCCCUCUGUCCUCGCCCCCCGGGUCCCCUGCCGUGGCCCGGGGCGUGCUGGAGCGCAUGGACCACCUGUUCGCCAGCGCCCUCACCGCCAGCGUGCCGGACAUGGACCUCACGCCCACGCACGCCACCGUCAGCGUGUCGGAGCUUUACUCCUUCACCACCCUCGCCGCCUCCACCACCACCUCCACCUCCUCCCUCUACACCCACGCCCCCACCCCCGCCCAGACCCAGCCAGGACCGCAGGGGGCGAGGGAGGGGAGGACAAGGCGCCCCCACCUGUGUCUGCCUCCAAUGACAGUCUGUGUCUGACGCGCAUCACUUUUAUGGGUAUGGAAAACCCGUCUUUCAGAAUGGAGACGGACAUGUAGUCAGACACACAGACAGACAGACACACAGACAGAGAGAGAGAGAGAGAGAGAGAGAGAGAGAGAGAGAGAGAGAGAGAGAGAGAGAGAGAGAGAGAGAGAGAGAGCUUUUAUAUGGUGUAUGUAAAUAACUUGACAAUGUAAGUAUGUGUGUUUGUGUGUGUUUUUCUGUUUGUCUGCCUGUCUGUCUGUCUGUCUCUGCUUGUCCAUCUGUCUGUCUGUCUGUCUGUCUGUCUACCUGUCUGUUUGUCUGUCUGUAUAAGCAUAACCGUAACUCCUUCACACACACACACACACACACACACACACACACACACACACACACACACACACACACACACACACACACACACACACACACACACACACACACACACACACACACACACACACACACACACCUGUCUACAUGUACGUGAGCUUAUGUAUGUAUGUUUGGUGCCCUGUACAGAGAUGUGUGUGUGGCCGGACAGUCCCCGAGCAGCGCAGGGGAAGAGGCGAGAGAAGAAGGGAGGUACUUGCCAAGAAAAGUGACGCCAGCCUUUUGCACCCUUCAUGCUCCCUUGACAACCCUUAACACCCUGUCACCCUUCACACCCUUCAUGCUCCCUUGACAACCCUUAACUACCUAUUCCCCCUGUGUGUAGAUAGUCCUUUGUAUGUCCUGUCUUUGUCACCCUACACCUUGUCACCCUUCACACCCUUCCUGCUCCCUUACCAACCCUUUACUCAACCUUCACACGUUUCAUGCUCCCUUGCCAACUUUACUCCCUGUGUGUAGAUAGUCCUUUGUAUGUCCUGUCUUUGUCACCCUUCACCCUGUCAACCCUUCACACCCUUCCUCCUCCCCUACCAACCCUUAAUUUCUUACUCCCUGUCUCUCCUCCCUUCAUCACCCUUUAAAUCGCCCUGUCACCAUUCUGCACCCUUUCCUACACCCUUCCCUACAUCCUGUCACCCUUUCCUACACUCUAUCACCUUGUACACUCAUUCUGUACACCAGUUCUACACCCUAAUGCCAUUUAAAUCACCCUGUACACCCUUAAACACCCCCUUCCUAUACCCUGUCACCCUGUCACCCUUUAUAAAGACCCUGUAUAGCUACCUUUGCCUGAGAGAGAGAGAGAGAGAGAGAGAGAGAGAGAGAGAGAGAGAAAGAGAGAGAGAGAGAGAGAGAGAGAGAGAGAGAGAGAGAGAGAGAGAGAGAGAGAGAG